AUGGCGCACUAUGACAACAAAAUCAACCCAUCUCCUCUGCGAACAAAACCCAUGAAAGUCCUCGUCUUAGGCCUCCCCCGAACAGGCACCACCUCACUAUACUCCGCCCUCAACCACCUCGGCUACAAAACCUACCACUACGCCGAGAUCCUCAAACCCCAGAACAACCACCACUUCACCCUCUGGCUCCGCGCCCUCGACUCAAAAUACUCCUCCACCCCCGACUCACCCCCAAUCCCCCUAUCCAAAUCCAAAUCCAAACCCUCCUUCGAAGAAAUCCUCGCCCCCUACAACGCCGCAGUCGCCGACCCCUGCUGCUUCUUCGUCCCGGAACUCCUAACCGCCUACCCCGAAGCAAAAAUAAUCCUCACCACGCGAAAAGACGCCGAAAGCUGGCUCAGAUCCAUGCAGAGCUUCCUCCUCCCGAUCCUCUCAUGGCCGUCAUGGCCCUUACUAAGCUACUUCGACCCGCACUUCUCAGGUCCCUACUAUCGGUUCCUAAGUCGUACGAUGAGUAUCCUCUCGCAGGGCCGCGUGCCGUAUAGUCCCGAGGCAGGGCCGGUGUUGGUGGAGUCGUACAGACGACAUAAUGAGUCUGUGAGGAGGUUGGUGCCGGAAGGGAGGUUGUUGGAGUUUCGGGCGGAGAUGGGAUGGGGCCCGUUGUGUGGGUUUCUGGGGUGUGAGGUCCCCAAGGAGAGAGAGUUUCCGUGUCUUAAUCAGGUGGGGGAGGCGGUUUGGAAGGAGGAUAGGCAGUAUUGGGUGAGGUGA